AUAAUCCCUUGUCUCAUCACUCAUAUUUUUAUCUGCGACUUUCGCUUUUAUCUGCGUUGUUAGAUUCCACUUUCCUUUUACGCGUUUCCACAUUUAGUGUAUUUUAAUAAUGUUGUAUAAGGAAGACAUUAUCAUUGUUCUGAUAACUGUGUUGUUCAUUAAAUUAUUUAACGGAGAUUCUCUGAAUGACAAAGUAAUGUUCAGCACGUCGGUCAGCUUGUUCGUCAUUUCAAUGACUGUAAUAACAAAGUACGUUCAGGAAUUCAAUACACUGGAAACACACAGAAUAAUUCUGUUGAUUAUCGUAGCUAUGAUAACUUCGUGGAUUUUGGAAUUAAUUAGAUUGCUGAGAAGGAAGAUAUUCAACGUGGAGGAUUGGAAUCUGAGCAGACAUUUGAACUGCUGUUUGCUGUUCAUCGAAAGUAUUUUCCUUUCCUCUAUCUUACGGUUGGCGGAUUCGUACGUAGUGGAAUAUUUGAAAGGAAAAGAUUACGAAACAGAGUCGGACGACACAUCUUUGUUAAAAUAUUGUUCCCGGGAUCAUGCACAAGAUUCAUUAAUCGACGUUUUAUGGUAUUCGGAAGAUUAAUUUGAAAUGUUUUAAUCUCCGUGUUUAUACAUCUUUUAAUUGGUAAAAUUAAAAGUUUAUUAGUGAAUGACACUACCAUACAGACAAUACAUGAAAUUCAACGAUCAAUUUUUUUUUUAUUCUCUGUAAAUUUUGAUGCAGAUAAAUUAUAUUUGUAUAUGU